GAUCAUAUUGUACCAAGCUUCAAAGAGGCCUUCCCGUCCCAGAAAACAAUGGAUGAAAAUGAUGAAGAGAAAAAAAUGAAAAAGAAAUCAACUUCCUACUUUAUGAAAUCACUGGAGGAGGGAAAGGGUGUGAGGGGAGUAGCUAGUGGAUUCUCUACUGUUGGUAAACCUAAGAUGGCGCAGAAGCAGUACAAUUCCCCUCUACAGAUGUACUCGGACGAGGCUAUCGACGAAAUUAUGAGAGAAGGAACACUUAAUGGGAAACCGUUUGAUAUGAACAAUCUAAUGAACCCAUCAGGAGCUGAAUUCUCGCAGUCAGAUUCUCUUGUCCUCUCUCUUAUAAACGAACAGGAGGGCGGAAGGAAAGUGUAAAGCAAAUGUAUUGUCAGUAUGGAAAGAAUUUUAAAGAAAAAAUAUAAUCUUAAA